CCUGGUGAGCUCGUCCACUUAUAAUCCGGUAAUUGCUGCGGAGAGAGUCGGGAGUGUGUGUGCGCGGAGUUUGAGGCGAUAUUACGGCAGUAUAACUCAACCAAACACCGGCGGCAGAGCGACGGGCGUGGACUGUAAUAACAGCAUCCUCACAACUUCUCGGUUCAAACAACUUUUAUUAAUCAUCUGUAUCGAUUAUUAGGCUGCUGGAGCGAGUUUAGCGUCAUGAACCCCCCCACUGCCAGGGAUGACUCUGACCCACCAGCAGGAGGAGGAGGAGGAGGAGGGGGGCUGUAUCUGGACAGCUAUGAGGUCUCCUUCCCCCUGGACGAGAGCAUGGAGCGUCCGCCUGGCUAUCACCUCAGCCACGGGCAGCACAUGAUGGACGAGCCGGCGGUGUCGGAGCCUCACUCCCAGUACAGCCCGUUCAUCCUGAUCUCGAACCUGCGCACUCACCUGUACGUGGCCCUGGAGAAGAACGGCUGGCUGCUGAAGCGCGUGGAGGAGCUGGAGGACGAGCGCAACUUCCUGCGCUGCCAGCUGGAGCGGCUCAUCGUCAGCAUGAGGAGCCAGGAGGAGUGGGCUGCCGACCCGCAGCGAGCUGUGAAGGUGCAGCCUCCUGAGCUGCCCUCGCCUCCCUCUCCCAUGACCACCCGCUCCGGGAUGACGCUCAAACGCCUGCAUGGAGACGGCCCUCGCCCCCGCCGAGUCAAACAGGAGUACCACAUGGAGGAGGAUAAAUACUACACAGAGGAUGAGUACGUGGAGGAGGAGGAGGAGGAGGAAGAGGACGAGGACUCGUCAGUGGAGAAAGGAUCCAAGAAGAAGGGGCGAGGAGGCCGAGCCGGCGGCGAGUCGAGGGUGAAGAUGAGGAGGAUCUUCAGGAUCACCCACGGGAGGGAGCGGCAGAGAGUCAAAGAUCCAGACGGGGUGCUGAUCCGCUACAAGAAGAUCCUGUCCACCUACCAGCGGGUCAGGAGCAUGUCCAGAGCCUUCCAGAUCCACGGAGUCGACCGCAACACCAUGGCCUCCACCUCGCCCAUCGCCGAGCUGCUGCUGGUGGCGCCCGAGAAGGUGGCCGAGGUGGGCGAGUUCGAGGCGUCCAAAGAGAAGCUGCUGGAUUACGCGCGGCGCUGCUACAAGGCCAUGGACGAGCCGACGCACGCCAAAGUGCAGAGCAUGAAGAAGAGCCACAAGCUGCUGCCCAUCUCCUACCGGUUCAGAAACUGAGCCGGGACGUCCCGCGCCGCCUCAGCUGGGGUCCGUUGUCCUGUACUCUCUUUUUCCAAAAAAAACAAAACAAAAAAAAAAAAACAGUCACAGAAGCAUGAGGGGGGAGAAGAUCAGGUGCUGAUGCUUGAGAUUAGCUCAGGGUGAAGAUUAAAGGUUUUUGCCGACAUGUGAUUUGAUUUAUUGGCCGGGGAUUUUGGCACAGAGCGGCAAAAUGUGGAGGAAAAGUCCUUAGAGGAGAGAUCGGCAGCCUCUGUCAGUAUUACAUUUUGCGUUUUUUUUUUCUUUCUUUUUUCUCCUGAUUUUCUUGUGUAGCUGCAGUCAUUUAUUUUUCAACUCCAAGGCAGCUCUAUGGGAAAUUGUGGAAAUUGCACUGAUUCACUUUUCUACCUCAGGAGCUUGUUCACAGUUAGAAAUAUAACAAAUGUUAUUUACUUUGUAAUAUUCUAUCCCUGCAAUCAUUUUUGAUAGUGUUUGCAUAUUUGUAAAUAGUUAAUAUCACAUUUUGGAAUGAAACUCUUGGAUAUGUGAAAAAAUUACAUAGAGUUAACAAGAAUUAAGGUUUUGUUUUUGUUUUUUUUUAGUUUUCUAUUUUGCCACUUAAUAUAAAAUUUAAGUUGUUUGUGUAUAAAAAUAGAUAUUUAUUUUGUGGAAUGUGUUUAUUUAUGAUUUAUGAUUAAAAAAGCAGG